AUGCAAUCAGCGUCCUCCGCGGCUGGCGACGCCCCCGCGGCCGUCCGGUCGGCAAGCCGGCGCCCGCAGGCCUCUGCCUCGCAGGAGCGCUGCCCGGCCGGGCGAGAGUUAAGCGCGGAGCCGGGCCUGGCGGGAGGCGGCCGGGCCGGCCGGAGGGGCGGAGCCGGCGCGUCCCGCAGCGCCGCCCGCUCCGACGCCGAGGGGCACUCCGAGGAUGCGCCCCCGGCCGAGCCGUGGUGCCCCUACAAGGUGCUGGGCGAGGGCCGCGGCGGGGCGGGCGGCGGCGGGGGGCGCCUGUGCUUCCGCAGCCCUGCGCGCGGCUUCCGCUGCGCGCCCCGCAGCUGCACGGCGCACCGCUCGCCCGGGCGCGCCCUGCUGGCCAACGUGCUGGGCAACGGCAGCGUGCUGCUGCAGUGGGACUGGCCCCCGCCGCCGGGCCCCGGGCCCGCCGGCCCCGGCCCCGCCGCCCCCGCCCCGCCGCCGCGCGGCUUCUGGCUCUCCUGCUCGUGGGAAGGCGCCUACACGCGUUUCCAGUGCGACAGCGUCCAGCUGGGCGCCGCCUGCCGGGACUACCUGCUUCCCGACGCGCACGGCAGCGUGCGCUACCGCCUGUGCUUGCGGCCGCUCUUCGCGGCGGCCGCCAACGCCAGCGGCCCCGAUCCGCGCCCCGCCUGGCCGCCGGAGUGCGUGGAGUUCACCGUGGAGCCGGCCGGCAUGCGGGACAUCGUCGUGGCCAUGACGGCCGUCGGGGGCUCCAUCUGCGUCAUGCUGGUCCUCAUCUGCCUCCUGGUCGCCUACCUGACCGAAAACCUCCCGCCCGCCGCGUCCGCCGCUGCGUCCGCCGCCAAGCGGGGCAAGUGA